AUAUUCUCCCACGUGACUAAUUCGCCUUCCUUAUCACCACGUGCUUUAAUUAUCUCUCUCUCUCUCCUGUCUUUUUCAGUUUUCUUCGUCCUCUCCUCAGCCUCUUUUAAGAACCCUUUCUCCCUAUUUUUCUUUCUCAAUUUCUUUUCGUUUCUUGCUCUCCAAACAUGAAUUCUCUGAAACAAUAUGUUUUAUUCUUAAUCUUGAUACCCUUUUUUUCUAAUAAUUUUCUUGUUUUUGUUAACUCUAUAACUUCUUCGUCUCCGUCGGACAAUGAAUACGCCACUUUUUUCGACGCUGCAACUUCCAUCAAUCCAAAGGCUUCUUUAAACUCCUGUAAGAACCAAACGGUUUCGUCCGCUUCACGUGGUCCUUUCAGCUGCGAGGUGCGGUACAAGAACUGCUCCGAGGCGAUGUUGAGCCUGGCCCGGAAGCCCGAGAACGUAGAGUGGAUUAAAGGGUUGAGGAGGAAGAUACACGAGAACCCUGAGCUUGCUUUUGAAGAGUAUGAAACGAGUAAACUGGUUCGAGCCGAGUUGGAUCGGAUGGAGAUUGAAUACAGGUACCCUUUGGCGAAAACGGGUAUUCGGGCUUGGAUUGGAACCGGUGGCCCGCCCUUUGUUGCCAUCCGAGCUGACAUGGAUGCUCUUCCUAUACAGGAAGCUGUAGAAUGGGAGCACAAAAGCAAAGUUCCGGGAAAAAUGCAUGCUUGUGGGCACGACGCACAUGUGGCGAUGCUCGUUGGUGCAGCCAAAAUAUUGAAGAACCGAGAACACCUUUUGAAGGGAACUGUUAUACUGAUCUUUCAGCCAGCUGAGGAAGCUGGAAAUGGUGCUAAGCGGAUGAUUGCAGAUGGGGCCUUAGAAAACGUAGAGGCCAUUUUUGCAGUCCAUGUCUCUCAUGAACACCCCACGGCUAUUAUUGGUUCAAGGCCUGGUCCUCUGCUUGCCGGGUGCGGCGUCUUUAGAGCUGUUAUCAGUGGAAGAAAGGGCCUUGCUGGGAACCCUCACCACUCAGUUGACCCUAUUCUGGCAGCUUCAGCUGCUGUAAUUAGCUUACAGGGAAUUGUUUCUCGCGAAUCAAAUCCAUUGGACUCCCAGGUUGUGUCUGUCACCUCAUUCAAUGGAGGCAAUAGCCUUGACAUGAUCCCUGACGCGGUGAUAAUUGGAGGUACCUUCAGGGCUUUCUCCAAUGCCAGCUUCUACAACCUUCUUCAAAGAAUCGAAGAGGUGGUCGUGGAACAGGCCAGUGUUUUCAGAUGCUCAGCAACAGUAGACUUCUUUGAAAGGGAGUCAACAAUCUACCCGCCAACCGUGAAUGAUGACCGUAUGUAUAAGCAUGUAAAGAAGGUGGCUACUGAUUUGCUUGGACCACCAAAUUUCAGGGUGGUACCCCCGAUGAUGGGUGCCGAGGACUUCUCCUUUUAUUCAGAGGUAGUUCCGGCAGCUUUCUACUACAUUGGCGUCAGGAACGAGACCUUGGGGUCUAUACACACAGGUCACUCGCCAUAUUUUAUGAUCGACGAAGAUAUUCUUCCCAUAGGUGCUGCAGUUCAUGCCACUAUUGCAGAAAGAUACCUCGUUGAGCAUGGUUAAAGUGAAGAGAUCCCCCUCUUAUAAACUGGGAUAUUGUAACUCAACUGAGCACAAGAUUAUUCAGAGAAUUUGCAAUCUGAUGUGCUCUUGUAAUUUUGGUCUAGUUAGGGUGCAUGGAAAGGGCAGGAUUUUCCACUUUGUCAAUGUAAAGAACUGAGCAGAGGAUACUUUGCUCUUAGAAAAGGAUGUAGUUGUAACAACAUUAAACGUUUCAAGUAAUGGUACCAUGCAUUCAACUUU